AGCGCAGGAGUAUGCAGAGUGCAAUGUUCCUGGCUCUCCAGCACAAGCAGAUGGAAAGGACCGCUUGCAACUGUCAGAACCACGAGGAGAAAAAAGGGACAAUGAAGAAAACCUUCAUAAAAGAUUGGAAAUCAAGAUUGAGUUACUUCCUGCAAAACUCGUCUGGUUCCCAUAACACAAAGGACAACAAGAAAGGACAGCAAAAGGCUUGUUUCAGACCUUCUCCUGAGGAAGCCCAGCUGUGGUCAGAAGCAUUUGAUGAACUCCUGGCUAACAAGUAUGGUCUCGCAGCUUUCCGGGCAUUCCUGAAAUCCGAGUUUUGUGAAGAGAACAUUGACUUCUGGCUGGCCUGCGAGGAUUUCAAGAAAACCAAGUCCCCACAGAAGCUGAUCUCCAAGGCCAAGAAGAUAUACACUGACUUUAUCGAAAAGGAAGCUCCCAAAGAGAUCAACGUAGACUUCCAAACCAAGAACUCCAUUGCCCAGAACCUGCAAGAGGCUACUCACACCUGCUUCAAUGCAGCCCAGAAGAGAGUGUACAGCUUGAUGGAGAAUAACGCCUACCCACGGUUCCUGGAAUCUGAAUUCUACCAGGAGUUGUGUAAAAAGCCACAAAUCAGCAGAGAGCCUCAAGGAACAUGAACGCCCAAGUGUUGGUGGGUAAAAGAAGAGCAACGAAGAGAAUGCCACUUCAUCCAUGGAGG